CUUAAGCGUUUCCGUUACUUAAGGUAAACAAUGGCGGGGAGAACGAAUGACCAACACAUAUCUUCCCUGGGAAGGUCUGCUCUAUUUUCUGAAAAUAAAGAGUAACGAGUGCGACACAAUUGGCAAUAAAAACGACCGAACACUAACAAUCGCAUUCAUGAAUGAAUUGUUUUGCGGAGAUAUGCCACGACAAUGGAUGCUUAUAUGCGCUCAACUUGCCGUACUCGAGUCUGGUAUGUUGGCUCUUUUGGGCAACGUAUGUGUAGCCAGGAACCCUUAUGGAACAUUAUCAGUGGUAGGACCAGCUUUUGUGAACAGGGAGGUUAUACUGAAGGCGACACCAUAUUUUCCUUGGGGAUGUGACGUAGAAUGGAGAUACAUCAUGAAUGGUACAACAAUAUUCCAAACAAUAAAUGGGACAGAUAAAACAUAUUCGGAGGAUGGUUCAUUCUUUUUAAAAUGGAACGCUUCUAUUGAAUACAACAGAACUGAAAUCUACGCCGUGUGUUUAACAAACGCAACGAUCGGAACACCCCUGAUAACUCUAAAUAUGAAAGCUAUUGAUGGACAUUGUGGAGCCCUCAUGAUUCUAAGUCCGGUUGCUCGAGGCACGGAAGUCAAAGUUGGAUAUUUUCCUUCUGACCAAUCCAUAAGGGGUCAAACGUUUACUAAACGAACAUGGAAGAAAGACAUGCAUGAGUUCCAGCUACAAAAGGGUUCUUACGAAGAGAAACUAUUUUCUGAGUAUUUGUACAUAUUGACCAUAUUAAAUUUCACACAAAAUGAUGAAGGAACGUAUUCUUUAUAUUGCAAUUCGAGUGGCAACACGGGUUCUGUGCAGCUUCAUAUUUCAGAGCGACCGAGUUACCCAGUUCUCGGUCCAAAGUUUUCUGACUUUAAUACAACAGAAUGUAUUUAUGUUUAUGUUGGCUCCGACUUGUAUUGCAAAACUGAAAAUGGAACAGAGCCUGUACAAGUAUCACUUUUAAUUGGCAAUGAUUCAUUUGUUCUUGCUGAAAGCGAACAGAACAAAGGGUUUUACCUAUUCAGUAACGUUCAACAAAAAAUGGCUGGACUGUCGAGACUGAAUGUGACAUGUCAGGUUUCAAAUGCAGCCCUUGAAACACCUUACGAAGUACACGGCGUUCUAUGUAACGUAGAAAAAGGUAGCCUGCCUGUUCUAACAGUUCCUGAACAACUUCAUGGAGAAAGAUCUUCAUCAAUUUGUGAAGUGCGAAAUGCUUUACCAGCGCCGGCAAUAGAAAUACGAGUUGACAAAGUUUUGCAAGCAAAUGUUCAACAAAUUGAUUUAUUCGAUGGAUCUUCUCAUACGUUUACCAGCACAGCAACGAUGACAAAGACGAACACAACAUGGAAUGGACAACAAAUGUGCUGUACGUUAAAAAGGAAGUUUGGUCUUGAAAAUGUGUCAGAAUGCAAAAACAUCAGUAUGAAAUGUGAUCCGACUUUAAAUCUGAACAAGACAUCACCUGUCGAUUUACCUCCGAAUAAAACAUUGGUCGUUAAAUGUACUGUGAAUGAUUGCAAUGCUGAAGGGUUAUGGACGCUUAAGUGGGAAGAUAAACAUAACUCUAUUAUAAAGACUUGCAACAAAACAGAGGAAUGCCUAUUAACACUGAAUUAUACGGGAGAUGGUAAAAAGACGUACACAUGCAGAGCAUGGAAAUCACUGUUUACUCUGAAUAUUUCGUUGACAGUUUCAAGUUCAAUGAGUGAUGUUAGUCAACCCCAUGAAAAGGACAAUCAGACAUUUUCUUCAACAUCCCGAUUUCCUCUCAACAAUAUACUUAUCGGAACAGGCGUUUUAUGUGGACUCUGCAUCUUGUUUAUAAUCGGAAGAUGUGUAUAUCUUAAACGGCGAAAGGUCAACGAAAUCAACACAAUAGAAAUUGUUGAAAAUCAUAGGGACACCUCGUUGGACAAUGGCGUGCUACACAUAGAAACGGGAGGAGUCCAGUACGCAGUCAUGCAGAGACAGGCGGCUACACAGAGGACUGGAACGCAGCAACCACAUGCUGGCGGUGGCCUAACGUACGCCGAGUUGGACAUCAAGUUCCUACAGGAAGCUACCGCCAGAGUUCCGCCAAGAAAAAAUAACACGCCGACGGAAUAUGCUGACAUUGCGUUUUCCUCAACACAGAAAUCUGCUGAAGAAGAUCAUGUUUACCACAAUACAUCUGCGUAGAUCUAGAAUAAGGACAAAACAAUCUAACCGAAAUAUACUGCCUUAUUGCAUUGUUUCUAUAUCGUUUUCCCUGUGGUUAUGUUUAAUGUGUGUACGUUUUGUUUUAAAUUUUAUAUAGAUUUUACACCCGUGUCAUACUACUCUCUAUAACAAUGCUUUAUUAUUUGAUAUUUUUAGUUUGCUGUUGUUCCAUAUGAUUUUUUUAUAUUAUCGCAGCUUCGUUUUUAUACAUGUAUGAUACUCAUGGUUGUUUUACGAAACCUAGCAUAGCCAUAUUAUUGGGAUACCAAUUGCUUGUUUUAAAAUAAGUAUUCUCCAUCAUGCUUUAUCUUUUGAAUAAAUUUGCAGUUUG